AUGACGGACUCGGGGUCUACGACUGAAGAAAGCUCGCUCGACCGUGAAUGGCCAAGAGACACGUGGGUCGCUCUUUGUUUGAGGUGCAGGUCUAUGAGGUUGGAGGAUCUACUUGAGACCGAACGUCCCUUCAGCCGCAUCUUCAAAGAUGCCUAUCGCAAGUCGAUCAACAUCGAGUGGAACUGCGAGUUGUGUGCCGUCCUCGACGGGCUCGUGGCCAGAGCUUUCAAGCCCGACAGCGAAUGCUGCGAGAACAUCAACACGAGAGUGCUUCCUGAAAACAUCCAGGGCGCCGAUCUCGAUACCUUCAAGAAAGACUUAGAGGGAACAGUGGGCCCCGAACGGCACUUCACUUUGUCUCCACUGAAGGAUCGGGUACGAGGAGCGUUGCACCCUGAAGGCUUCGCCUUUCUUGAAUGCAAGAACAUUGCCCAUCCCGGCGGGAAAAAAGAGCAUUCCCUAUAUGUAAUUAACGGUCGAGGUGCCUGGGGUCUGAAAAGCGGCAUCCAUGGUAUCAUCGGGCUCGCUGCGAAGGAGGGUAGUCCAGCCGCAACGCAUGUACCGCGACGGCUGGUCAACUCGGACCGUGUUGGACCUGACUCUGUCAAGAUGCUCCACGACUGGCUGCAAACAUGCAACGAGCAUCAUUCAACCUGCCGUCGAAGCAUCUGCGGCAAGCAUAUCGACCCGGAGCCGCCGCUGCCAACGAGGCUUCUAGAUGUAGGCGCUCCGGACACAUCGAGCCGACCUCGGAUCGUGGAUACUCAGGGUCGGCGUGGAGUCUACCUCGCACUCAGUCAUUGUUGGGGCGGCGCGUCGUUUUGCUUGACCUCGCACAAUCGCCAGCGCUACCGGGAAGACGGCUUCGCGCUCGAAGAUCUACCGCGGACGCUCAGGGACGCGGCAAGGGUGACGAGAAGGCUCGGCUUCCGGUACAUCUGGAUCGAUUCCCUCUGUAUCGUCCAGGACAGCGUUGAGGACUGGGAACGAGAGUCGAAGAGGAUGGGAGCAGUAUACGAGAAUGCGUACUGUACCAUUGCUGCCACACAAGCACCCAACGAUGAUACCGAGUUUCUCCAAGGCCCAAUGGUCAAGACUGUUGCGGUACCGUGCGAUCUGGAUGACGCCACCAAAGGGACGUAUUUCGUCACGGAGCCGUAUCAGUCCGAGUUCAAGCAAGUAGAACAGGCUCGGCUGAACCACCGGGGAUGGGUCGUGCAGGAAAGGCUGCUGUCGCGGCGGACGAUACACUUUGCCAAAGAGCAGGUGUUCUGGGAGUGUCGGCAAGAGAUCCUGGGCGAGGACGGCAGCCGGCAUCGGGCGGGAGGAGCGGAAGGACUGGCCGGUCUCGCGAGGUCGAUAUCGGAUUUGGAGGCUGGUCGAGGCAGGUUCCGGGAAAGCUCGUCGCUGUGGGAAGCGGACGAAUUCGAGCAGACUUUCAUCAGACGGUGGCAGGGCAUCAUUGCGACAUAUUCCGCUUGCGACUUCACAAAGUCGUCAGACAGGCUUCCUGCACUCCUUGGCUUGGCGGAUCGGCUUGGUUCGAUCAACAACAUGGAGUACCAUCAUGGCAAUUGGAUCAACACGCAGUCGAGGCAUCCGCCUCGAUCCUUGGCAUGGUGGGCUUGCGCACCAGGGAAGAACAGUAGCAACCACGGACAGGUGCGAGCUCCAUCUUGGUCUUGGUCGGCGCUGGAGGGCGAAGUGUGCUUCGAACAGCAGGACCGUCAGCCGUUGGCGGAGCUCCUUUCGGUUGAAGUCUCCGAGCGCAUGGGACUUCCAAACUAUGUGGCGCUCAAGAUGCGCGGGCGGUUCUGCACCGUCUCGACGCGGUGGCCGCCACCACGAGUGGCUGAGAUAUACACUACCGAUUCAGAAUCCGGCGCGGAGGGGGAGAGCGUGGCUGUCGGCCACAUCACUUUCGAUAGUGUCGGUGACAUGCACGCCAAGCUGGACUGUCUGUUUUUGUACGUCGAUUCGGCCGGCAGCCCUACCGUGUUGGCAUUGAAGAGCGAGGAAACUGGGGGUGGCGGUUUGCCGGAAUACCGCCGGCUGGGUAUUGGCAGUCUGACGCGCCAAACAGGGGAGACGGUGUUCGGGGAGGAGGUUGAAUUUGUGCUCAUCUAG